AUGCGCGCCGCGUGCCCGCCCCUCGCCAGCAGCAGAGGAGGAGGCGGCGGUGGCGGCUCUGGGCGAGGGAGCGCGAGGGGAGUGAGAGGCGCCGUUGCCGCCCCGGUAUCCGGCAGGACCGCGCGGAGGAGGCGGGAAGCGCCGCGGCGGCGGAAGGACCUGAGUGGCGGCGGCAGCAGCAGCAUUUUCAUUUGUUUUUCAGAAAAAGAGCAACAGGAAGCAAUUGAACACAUUGAUGAAGUACAGAAUGAAAUAGACAGACUGAAUGAACAAGCCAGUGAGGAAAUUUUGAAAGUAGAACAGAAAUACAACAAACUCCGCCAACCAUUCUUCCAGAAGAGGUCAGAAUUGAUCGCCAAAAUCCCAAAUUUCUGGGUAACAACAUUUGUCAACCACCCACAAGUAUCUGCACUCCUGGGAGAAGAAGAUGAGGAAGCACUUCAUUAUUUGACCAGAGUUGAGGUGACAGAAUUUGAAGACAUCAAAUCAGGUUACAGAAUAGAUUUUUAUUUUGAUGAGAAUCCCUACUUUGAAAAUAAAGUUCUCUCCAAAGAGUUUCACCUCAAUGAAAGUGGAGAUCCAUCUUCAAAAUCGACUGAGAUCAAAUGGAAAUCUGGAAAGGACCUGACAAAACGUUCAAGCCAGACACAGAACAAAGCCAGUAGGAAGAGGCAGCAUGAAGAGCCAGAAAGCUUCUUCACCUGGUUCACUGACCACUCUGAUGCAGGAGCUGACGAACUGGGAGAAGUCAUCAAGGAUGACAUCUGGCCAAAUCCCCUACAGUACUACUUGGUUCCUGAUAUGGAUGAUGAAGAAGGGGAGGGAGAGGAGGAUGAUGAUGAUGAUGAAGAGGAGGAAGGAUUAGAGGAUAUUGAUGAAGAAGGAGAUGAAGAUGAGGGGGAGGAAGAUGAAGAUGAUGAUGAGGGAGAGGAAGGAGAGGAGGAUGAAGGAGAAGAUGACUAAUUGAACACUGAUGGAUUCCAAACCCCCUUUUUACCUUCUUAAUUUUUCUCCAGUCCCUGGGAGCAAGUUGCUGUCUUUUUUUUCUUGUGCUCAGUCGCCUUGUUCUCUUGAGGUCUCUUUUUCUCUCCUCUACACCAUGGUUCACAAUUUAUUUUGGGAAAAUACCUUGAGCAGAAUACAGUGGAAAAGAAUCUACCAGUUUCUGUUUCAAGUUCAUUUUUAUCCCUUUCUGUCUCAAAACAAAAACUGUUUAUAAAUUCAACACACCAUGUUCUGUGGGAAAAAAGAAAACCUUCUGCUCCCUUCACUCUGCUGGAAGCUGAAGAGUGCUAGGCCCCUGUGUAGUAGUGCAUAGAAUCUAGCUUUUUUCCUUCUUUCUCUGUAUAUUGGGCUCAGAGAUUACACUGUGUCUCUAUGUGAAUAUGGACAGUUAGCAUUUACCAACAUGUAUCUGUCUACUUUCUCUUGUUUAAAAAAAAAGAAAAAAACAACAAAAAAAAUAAAAAUAAAAAUGGGGUUAUAGAAGGUCAGCUGGGGUGGGUUUCAGAUGUUUGGGUGGGUUAAGUGGGCAUUUUGACAACAUGGCUUCUUCUCCUUUGGCAUGUUUAAUUGUGAUGUUUAACAAACAUCCUUGCAGUUUAAGAUGACACUUUUAAAAUAAAAUCUUCUCCUAAUGAUGACUUUGAGCCCUGCCACUUGAUGGAGAAUCAGCAGAACCUGUAGGAUCUUAUUUGGAAUUGACAUUCUCUAUUGUAAUUUUGUUCUUGUUUAUUUUUAAAUUCUUUUUUUUGUUUGUUUUUUUUUUUUUGGUGGUUUUUUUCUUUUCUUUUUUUUGGUUUUUUUUUUUGUUUCACUGGAAAGGAAAGAAAGAUGCUCAGUUUUAAACGUUAAAGUGUACAAGUUGCUUUGUUACAAUAAAACUAAAUGUGUACACAAAGGGACUGGUUGGUCUUCACUGAAAGAAACAGUUUUUAUAUCCUAUUUAGAACUUGCUUGUAGUUUCUUGGCAUUUUUGGGGGCAUUUUGUCAGUAUUUCUGUAGUGCAAUGCAGCCUUGUGGUUGUGUGGACUGAACCAGUUCAUGUAGUUUCCACUAUUUCAGUACCUGUAAAGUGUUUCCUUUGGUAGUUCCUACUGCACAGUGACUCUUGAGUUCCCUGCAGGGUCAUGUGCUGUGUGUGAAGACACAGGUGUAUAUUCAUGUUUUGCAAAAAGAAGUCACUUGAUUUGUAGAAUUUUUAGUAAUUUGCCGUACUGUAUCUCCAGUACAUCAGUUUGCAUGAAAAUACCAUGCAAGCUCAGAAUAAAAAGACCCAAGGGGUGGUCUUAAAAUAUUUGGUUGGUUUUGUAAGUCUUUUCAGUUGAAAACAAAACUUAAUUGCAAGCUAAUUUGGGGGCUGUUUCAAAGAGCAAGAUUCUUAGUAAAGUUCAUGUAUAAAAAGUUGCUACUUCACUGCUUUUUUUUCCUUGGUAGCAGCAUGUAUAUGUGCUUUAGAUACACUGUACUCUCAUUUUAAGAGACUGCAUUUGACAAACUUGUAACAAUUUCACAUAAGAGGUUGUUGGAACUGGUAUUCCACAAAAUGUAAUGGAAGUUGUUUUAACAUGCUUUGCUUUUGAAAUAUUUAAAAAAGUGUUCUAUCAGCUCAUCUGAAAUUCAAACAGCUCUUUGGAUGUGUAGAAAAGACUGUCUUCUGGGAAGACUUGUUAUAUUCUCUGAUUCCUUUUCCUCACAGAAUUUGCUGUAGUCAAAUUCAGCUUUUUUUUGAUGCUUAAGAAUACACUUGGCAGAACAAGAUCAGUUUCUGUUUGAGACGUGCACAAAUAACAUGUGUGAGGGAAAACAUUCUGUAAGUGUGUGGUCCAGCUUGGAUUCAAUCCAGUUAUCAGAGACAAUGCAACGUCCAGUCUCAUGUGAUCAAUGCAAAAAUAAGACAACCAUGUACUUUAUUCCAUCUCAACAAAAGCUUCUGCUCUCAUCCUGCUUUGCAGAGCCAAAUACAACGUUGAUCAGUAAUGGUUUCUUACCAUCUAGAGAGAGAAGGAACAAAACCCAUGAAGUCCUAUAAAUUUUAGUGUUUUUUAAUUUGAUUCCUUUUUGUUGUAAGAUUGAAAAUAGCUUCCUGUUGUGGUAGAGGGUCAAUGUGCUGUUACUUGCCAUGAUGCCUCAUUACUUAAUUUUUAUGUAGUCGUAAUUGUAGUUCCUCAAGGAAAAUUAUCUUUUGGUAGUCUUGAAUGCUUUAGGAAAAAUGUUGUGCCAUUGUUGUUCCAUCCCGGUUGGUUACUAGCAGAAAACUUAUAAAAACUGUUUUGAAAGUAAUCAAAGCUUCAGGCUCUGUAAAGUCAAAUACCAGGAAUAAGAAAUGAGAAGUCUGGAUAAUUAAAUGCUACUUAAGAGAUUUUUCUUGUGCAUUCUUUAGGAUUUUACAGGGUGCCAAAAUACUCUUGCUACUGUACUGAUAAUACUGAAUUUGCUGUGAAAUUUGAGGGUUUACUCCUGGCAAUGGCUAAAGAGUAAACUGACAUGGUAAAAGAAUAAACCAUAUUAGUUAAGU